AUGCAACGCCGUUCUAAUGCCUCUAAUGCCUUUGGUGUUGAGGAAACGCCACCGUCUUCUCCAAAUUUCGACCUCCCGGAAAUUAAUUCCUCUCCAACCACAAGGAACAAUUCUCUGAGAAAUUACAAUACUGGUAGACUUAAUGAAAAAUACGCAAUGAUGCAGCAAAAAAUGUCUCAAAUGGUUCAGGAAAUAAGAACACCGCCUUUAAUCAACAAAGAACCUCCAAAGACGCCAAAACGACACCCCCCGGUAAUGCUUCGUGAAUUGCAAGCUCGUGAUGAGGAAAAAAGUCCUUUCCUUGUCUCUCCUACACCCAAGUGGCCUGGAAAUAGAAAAAAACGGGAACUUGAGUUGGAUGACGAUUCAGAACUUGGAAAUUUCCUCAAGCGCUCGCAGAGUGAUAGUUGGCCACCGAGAACAUUCAAGCGUAAAGAUACCGGUCAAACGAAGGUCCCAACAAACACGCAGUCUUCCUCUACGCCACCACAUCGUCGCAGCGGUUUCUACUCACGUGCACCAACCGAACCUUUCCGUUAUUUUUCUAGAACGGAACCAAGACGUAGACCGCCAUCGUCUUUUACCACUCCCAAGCGAUCAACCGAUCAAAAAUAUCGACAACGAAUUAUGAGAAAACACGCGACUAGGUUUGCAUCUGUCUGGCCUCCGCAGAAACCGUUGCCGGAAGGUCAAGGUUAUGAAGAAGAGAUGGAGGCCUUGCUAGAAUCAGCUCCGGUUUCUCCGUCGCCAACGAUUACCAAAAGUCGUUCGGAAGAAGACAUCAAUCACCUCUCCAGUUUGGUGGGAAACUUUGAUAUGGAUGAUAAGGAGGAUGAACAAGCCUCACCGACACAUGUAGCUACAAAUAUAUAUACACACCAGUUGACUCAGCAAAAUCUAAGUUUCGAUGAUGCUGCGAAUCCUCCUCUUGCCACUAAUUUAGAGAUAGAAGAAUUCUUUGUUGAAACAGAAGAAUUUACGAGACUCGAAAAUCGCGAAUCGUAUUAA